AUGGAUCAGCUCAUCGCCGGCGCUCGGUUCCCGGCGAAGUGCGUGAAGAACGAGAUCCACAACCUCCUCACCACGCUGCGGUUGACGAAGCACAGGUCGUCGGGGCGGGAGGCGGAGUUUCACGCCAGCUCGCUCGAAGCCUUCCAGAGGCUGUUCGAGGAGCUCACGUACAUCCACGAGCUUCACGAGUUCGACACGGUGGCCUACCUGGGGCCCUUCUUGGAGGUCAUCCAGUCGGACGCCUCCGACGGGCAGAUCACGGGCGUGGCGCUUGACGCAGUGGACAAGUUCGUGUCGUUCGGGCUGAUCCGCCCGGACAGCCCGCGGUGCGGGGAGGCGGUCAACACGCUCGCGUGGGGCGUCAUCAACUGCAGGUUCGUCUCAAGCGCGAACGCCAACGGCGAGGUCGUGCUGCUGAAGAUGGUCGGGCUCAUGAUAGACUGCCUCCGCUGCCCUGCCGGCGACUACCUGGGCGACCUGUGCGUCUGGCACAUGGUCCGGAAGUGCUUCCAGAUCUCGCGGCAGCCGCGCGCGUCGUACUUGCUGCGCUCCUCCGCGGAGGGGGUUCUGCAGCAGAUGGUGCUCACGAUCUUCGGCACGCACAAGGCGCGCGCCCAGAACGUCCGCGUCAGCACCUCGGGCCCCGAGGCGGCGCCCGAGGGCGGCAGCUCCGGGGCGCUGGCGCCGUCGAGGGUGGAGGUCAUGCGCCCGUACGGCUACAAGGCGAUGCAUUUUGUUCUGAGGUUCUUGGCGUUCCUGCUGGCCUACGGCAGGACUGGGAGCGUGCCGCAGAGCGAGAAGGCCAAGGCGCGGCCCCGGAAGGCCCGGCAGCGCUCGCGGUCGCCCGGGUCGCCGCAGGGCAGGCAGAGGGCUCCCAGCGAGGAUGCGGAGCAGCGCGCCGCGUCCCAGCAGCGCUCCUCGUCCCCCCAAGGUCCGGCGCAGCUGGGCCUGUCGGAGGCGCCGAAGAAGCCCGGGAGCGAGGAGGAGCACGUCCACACCCACUGCCUGGGCCUGUCGCUCCUGAACGUUGCCCUGGAGUCCGGCGGAGAGGAGAUCGCGAAGUCCGACGACCUCAUCUCGGUCAUACAGGAUGACAUCUGCAAGUCGCUCCUGCAGAACUCCCGCGCCGACUCUCUCUCGGUGCUGUCUCUCACCUUGCGCGCGAUCUUCAAUUUGUUUCUGAAUUUCAGGAGGCAUCUGAAGGUGCAGCUGGAGAUUUUCUUCACCUCCGUGCACCUGAAAAUCGCGGGCAUGGACUCGGCGUCCUACGAGCAGCGUGAGAUAGCCCUGGAGUCCCUGCUGGAGUUCUGCAGGGAGCCAGAGCUCAUGCUGGAGCUCUUCACGAAUUACGACUGCGACGUGCGCUGCACCAACCUCUUCGAGACGCUGGUGAAGUUCCUUGUCACGCACGCCUUCCCCUCGGACGGCGCGAGUGGCGCCCGGAGCGGGGGCAGCUUCAACUCUCUCCACCGCCUGGCGCUCAGCGGCCUGACCUCGAUCCUCCACUCGGUGGCGCUGCGCUGCGAGCAGCACAGGCACUUCCGGCCCGCCGAGGACGCGCUGCAGCCGCCCGCCCCGCACGGCGCGGAGGCGGCCGAGCCCAGCACGGAGCUGCAGCGCAAGAAGGAGCAGAAGCGGCGGCUGGCCAUGGCCGCCAGGAGCUUCAACAGCGAGCCCUCGAAGUGUAUGCCCGUGCUGCAGCAGCUCGGGCUGGUCUCGAGCCCGCCGACGCCGGAGUCCAUGGCCGAGUUCCUGCGCCACACGCCGCAGCUGGACCUCCGCCAGGUCGGGGAGUACCUGGCCAAGCGCAAGGACUUCAACCAGCAGGUCAACAAGGCCUUCAUGGAGCUCUUCGCGUUCACCGGCCUCGGCAUCGUCGAGGCGCUGCGGGCCGUGCUCGGCGCGUUCCGGCUGCCCGGCGAGGCGCAGCUCAUCGAGAGGCUCAUGGAGAGCUUCGCCACGGCGUUCUUCGUGAACCAGCCCCCGGUGCUGGACGACGGUGAGGACGCCGGGGGAGACGCCGCGGAGGGGGCGAAGAACUCGGACCCGACGAAGGUGACGCGCUGGAUAGCCCGCGAGAAGUCCGCGGAGGAGGUGGCCGAGGCCGAGGGCGUCCGUGAGACGGGCGGCGGCACUGGCGGCCCAGAGGACCCUGGGGCGGACCCGCCCAUGCGGAUGAAGAUGGCGAACUCGGACACUGUCUUCAUCCUCUCGUACGCCAUCAUCAUGCUCAACACGGAUUUGCACAACCCUGGAGUCAAGACCAAGAUGUCUUUCGAGGCGUUCGUCCGAAACAACCGUGGCAUAGACAACGGCAAGAACGUCCCCGAGUUUUUCCUGCAGGACAUCUACGAGGCAAUCAGGGACGACGAGAUCCGCUUGCACGGGGACGCCCCGCUGGAGGGCGCGGAGGCGCACGACGAGGUGGUGGACGACUUCUUCUGGGAGGGCAUCCUGCGACGCAGCGAGAGCAUUGACGAGUUCGCCACCACGGGGCGCCUGCUGUGCGAGGCGCCCCCGGGCGCCACCGAGCGGGACAUGCUCCAGGUGGUAUUGGACUGCCAGCCACUCCCCACGCUCUCGCUUUGUUACGAGUCGGCGCCGGACAUCUCGCUGGCCUCUGACGCCAUGAUGGCCUUCCAGGACCUCGCCCGCAUCAACGCGUAUUUCCACCAGACGGACGCAGUGAACAGCCUCGCGAGGGUCAUGUGUCAGUACUUCGCACGGGCGUCUGCAGGAGGGCAGUUGACGGUCCGAUCUCAGAUCGCGCUGCGCGCCGCGCAGCAGUGUGUGGCGCAGUACGCGCCGCUCUUCAAGGAGGCGGAGUGGUGCUGCAUUCUGGAGGUCCUGCUGCAGCUGCGGGCGCUGGACCUGCUGCCGUCCCACCUCACCGAGCUGGACGAUUUCGCUGGCACGGACGGGACGCCGCUGGAGAGCCUGUGCGACCUCCGGCCGCCCUUCGCCCCGCCGCCGCCGGACGGCCGACCAGCUGGCGACAGUUUGCGGGCGUCGGCCAUCGCGGGCGCAGAGGAGCGCCGCGAGCUGGGUCGCAUGGAGUCCAGCGACGGCUUCCUGGAGAGCCUGGCGCGGUGGUUCGAGGACGAGACCCGCAGCGACGACGACGACGCCACUCCCUCCGCGGCCGGGCCGGGGAGCUCGCUCCUCGCGGGCCUCGUGGCCCAGCAGCCGCAGGAGGCCAGCGAGGACUUGCCCGUCUCGUGCACGGACCCGGCGGAGGUGUUCCGGCAGGUGAAGCAGUACGUGGGCCGCUCGGGCUUCGUGGACCUGUUCACCUCCGCGGGGGUGCCCGGAGGAGGGCGAGCGGAGGAGCCCCGCCGCAGGUGCUCGCCCAGGCCCUGGUGA